AUGUAUACACUUACAAAGUUUCUGGUAGCCUUAGUAUUGAGUGGAUUUGUUUCUGCGUCCCAAUUUCACUCCAAUCCAUUACAAAAAGAUGUUAUCUACAACUCCAUGGAUGAAGAUCCAUCAGAGCCUUCAUUGGAAGAUGUAUGGGGAGGACUUUGGCCAUUCCAAGGAAUCAACACUUUUGCUCAUUUAGAUCAUCAUCAAUGUUUGGUGGACCCAGAUACCAGAUAUGACAUUGCGCUUAUCGGGGUGCCAUUUGACACAGCUACUUCAUAUCGUCCAGGUGCUAGGUUUGGUCCAAGAGCAAUCCGUUCCGCUUCUCAAAGACAACACUCUCUUCGAGGAUAUAACCAUAGGGCCAAAUUUAACCCAUAUGCAUCUUGGGCCACUGUGGUGGAUUGUGGAGAUAUCCCAGUCACUCCCAUGGAUAAUGCACUUGCGUUCAAACAAAUGACAAAGGCAUUUGAAGAACUUAUCGUUCGUAGACAUGCAAGUGCAAACGAGAGUGUUGCAGCUGCCCCACCACGUUAUGUGGCUCUUGGUGGUGACCAUGCGGUUCUUUUGCCACAUAUUAGAGCAUUGCACAGUAUCUACGGUAAGAUUAACGUGAUACAUUUUGAUGCUCAUUUGGAUACUUGGUCCCCAGAAGGUUAUCCAUCCUUUUGGCAUUCAGACCAAAAUGAACUCAACCAUGGCUCCAUGCUCUGGAAAGCCUAUAAGGAAGGACUCACCUCUACCCACAACAUCCAUGCUGGAUUACGUACUCGGUUGACCACUGCAAAAGACUAUGAAGAUGAUGAUAUGCAACACUUCUCUCGAAUUGAAGCAGAUGAUAUCUGGAUCAAAGGUGUAGACUCUGUAGUGGAGAAGAUUUUAGCCACUGUUCCAGCUGAUACACCAACAUAUAUUUCAGUUGAUAUUGAUGUCUUAGACCCAGGAUUUGCCAGUGGUACUGGUACGCAAGAACCAGGUGGAUGGUUACCUCGUGAAUUACUCUAUGUGUUGCGUAAGUUGGAAGGAUUAAGUAUUGUUGGAGCAGAUGUGGUUGAAGUUUCUCCAGCUUUUGAUAAUGCUGAGAUUACAGCCACCAAUGGUGCUCAAGUUGCCUAUGAACUCAUCACCAGUAUGGUUAAAAAGGGUGCUCUCGAGAACUUGGUGGUUAGUCGUGCACCUGAACAGUUGGUUAAGGUGGAAAGUGGGCCAGUUGAAUCGGAAAUUGAGCGAAAGCUUAAAGAAUUAGAAGAUAUCAAAAAGAAGUUCAUGCAAGAAAUCCAAGAAUUGAGAGAUGAACAGAUACCAUAG